AUGGAAUCCCUCACACCCCAACUCUCCGACCUAACCACCAACAUCGACACCCUCACCACCGCCCUCCAACCGCUCCUCUCGCAACCCCUCACAGCCUCCACCUCCAAACAACCCCUCCUCGACAAAGCAAAAACCUACAUCCUCACCGUCUACGCCCUCGAAUCCCUCCUCUUCACCGCGCUGCGCCUCAGCGGCACCGACGCAAAAACCCACCCCAUCUUCGCCGAACUGCAGCGCGUCAAGGGGUAUUUCGGCAAAAUCACCGCCGCGGAGGAGAUGGGUGCGGGAGGAGGGACGGUGCGGGCGAGGGUGGAUAGAGAGGCCGCGGGGAGGUUUGUGAAGGCGGGAUUGGCGGGGAAUGAGAGGUAUGAUCGGGAGAGGAGGGAGAGGGAGGCGCGGGAGAGGGCGGGGGCGAAGAGGAAGUUGGAGGCGAUGGGGACGCAUACGAGGUUUGAGGAGGGGGUGGCGAAGAAGAGUAAGGCGACGGAGGGCGAGAGUGUCGUUGGAGGAGGCUCUGGUGGAUUCUGCGCCUAG